UGAGGUUAGGUUCGUCAAAAACACAAAACCAUAACUUCUCACCUCUCCAACUCACGAAGUGAGGUUUAGACCCCAUAUUAAUUUACAACCACCAGUUAGACAUACAAAGUUACAGUGCUUUAAAGAUUACGAUGCAGUUGCAGUUCCUCUUCAGUGUCGUGUAAUCAUUCAUCCUGCUGAGAAUCGAAUCAUCAGGCGUCUAAGAAAUCUUCCCUCUCUAGUCAUCAUCAUGCUCAAACAAUCCUAGUCCAAGUUCUCAGCUUAGUAAGAAUUGAAUGAUUCUCCCAUUAAAAUGUUGUGGCGGCUUCCUGCUUUAAUAACAAGACACCCAAUAAGUGCAAAAGAGAUUUUUCUACAAUGUCAAGGAAUUCUGAACAAGUCCUCUCCUUCUAUCAAAGUAAUUGUCAAAAGCUUCCUACCACCAAGACUGAGUUACAAAAAACCCAAACUUUUGCCUCUAUGUGUCUCUUCAGUAGUUUGCAUUGGAACAGUGAAGAUUUACUUAGCCAAUAAUCAAGCUUUGUGCAAAAGCAAAAGUCGACCUCCCAGCACAGUCGAACAGGCAGCUGACGAUGCUCACUUUGAUUGGAGGCUAUUUUUCCAUCUUCUUCUCCCCGAUAUCUGGGUCCUAGUUGGAGCUGUAACAGCUGCCAUGAUUGUGGCCAUGUUAAACAUCUACAUCCCUAUACAUCUCGGUGUGGCAGUCAAUGUGAUGACCAAAUUCGCAAAGAAUGAUGGUGAGGCCUCUUUCAUAGCAGAGAUGAAAGGGCCAGCCUUGAAACUUCUUGCAUUAUACUCAGCUCAGUCGAUCUUCACAUUCGCCUACAUUUAUCUCUUAGCUGGUGUUGGAGAGAGGGUUGCUGGGCAAAUGAAAUCUCUUCUAUUUCAGUCCAUUUUGAAACAGGAUCUUGAAUUUUUUGAUAGAAGACGCACUGGCGAAUUAAUGGAUCGAUUGACAACAGAUGUUCAAGAUUUCAAAAGUGCAUUCAAAAUGUGUGUGUCGCAAGGGUUACGAAGCUCUACGCAGGUUGUCGGCUGCGUUAUUUCAUUGUUCUACCUUUCUCCAUUUCUAGCAUCUUCGAUGAUCAUUCUCUUGCCAACUGUUAUUUUCAUGGGAACUGCGGUUGGGGCUUUAUUACGAGGCCUGUCUUUGCAUGCUCAACAGAAGUCAGCCGAAGUAACAACUUUGAGUGAAGAAGCUAUCACUAAUAUUAGGACAGUACGAGCAUUUGCCAUGGAAUCCCAAGAAUGCAAGUUAUAUGACGAAAAAUUACAAGAAGUUGCCGAUCUACAGAUUCGUUUAGGACUCGGCAUAGGAUUAUUCCAGGGAGGCUCAAAUUUAUUUUUAAAUGGACUUGUCCUUGGAACGCUGUGUGCAGGAGGUCACCUCAUGGCAACUGGAUACCUUUCUGCUGGCGAUUUGAUGGCUUUUUUGGUGGCCACUCAAACAAUUCAACGAUCCCUUGCUCAAAUCUCAUUACUCACCGGACAUUUUGUGAAAGGUCUUUCAGCUGGUUCCCGUGUAUUUGAGCUGAUCAAUUUACCGAGCAAGAUGCCUCUGAGUGGCGGCAUUAAGAUACCAUACCAUUCUUUGAAACCAGAGGUUGAGUUCGAUCAUGUAACGUUUGCUUACCCAACUCGACCUGAUCAGGUCAUUCUGAAAGAUUUCUGUCUGCAUAUACCCUGCGGGCAAACUGUCGCAAUUGUUGGAACAUCUGGGAAUGGAAAAUCCACCAUAGUCAAUUUACUAGAAAGGUUUUACGAUGUCCAAGAAGGCUCUAUCAAACUGAACGGUCAUGAUCUCAGAACUCUUGAUGCCAGCUGGCUGAGAGGAAAUGUAAUUGGUAUCAUCAAUCAAGAACCAACCUUGUUCGCGGGAACUGUGAAAGAAAAUAUUCGAUUCAGCAAAUGGGAUGCUACGGAUCAGGAGGUGUACGAGGCAGCUAAAUUAGCAAAUGCUGACUCAUUCAUUCGUUCAUUUCCCGAAGGAUAUGACACAGUUGUUGGUGAAAGAGGUGUAGCUGUCUCUGGUGGACAGAAACAACGAAUAGCCAUCGCAAGAGCUCUUUUGAAGAAUCCCUCAAUUUUAAUUUUGGAUGAAGCUACAAGCGCUUUGGAUAGUGAAUCUGAAAAAAUUGUCCAAAAAGCAUUAGAGCAAGUCUGUCGAGGUAGAACUGUAGUUGUAAUCGCUCAUCGAUUAAGCACUAUCAAAAAUGCAGACAUCAUAAUUGUCUUACAAAAUGGAAUGAUAGCUGAGAUGGGUGACCAUGAAAUGCUGGUAAAGAAGAAAGGUGUGUACUGGCAGCUUAUGAAUCAACAAGCGUCUGGAGCAAAUAGGCAAGCUGGGUAACAUGUGUGCUUGUAAAUUAAACCAUCUGUGAUACUAUUAACUUUAAUUUGUUUAAGUUUGUUUCCAUGGCUAUAUUAAUCAUGAAGAAACCGGUGUUUGUCCAUGUUUGAAGAUGCAUAAUCCACUUUUGUUUGUAAUGGUGCGUAAAUUGUUCUUAAUUAGAAAGAAAUAGAAUUGGCAUCUUUUGUUAAGGCAUAGCUGUGCACUUGUGAAAAUAUACACCUGUUAUGUAAUUGUUAAUGUUCAGAAUUGUUAUUUCUUCAUAACUACUUAACGUAAAAAUAAAAUUAAGCGACCACGAUGAACCUGGGA